AUUUUAUAAUUUUCGGUGUCUUCAGCGUUGUUUAACGAGAGCAUAGUAUUAGAGCAUAUUAUAGCAUAGUAUUAGCAUAGCAUAGCAUAGUAAUACUAUGCUCUCACUGUACUUCAAUUACAUUACAUCAAUUGAAUUAGUUAUUAGGUUUAUAUCGGAUGGAAAUGCUUAAAGUUCCAAAAACUGUGUCGAAAUUUUUAUCCCAGGAACUUCAGGUUCCCUCUUUCCUGGAGAGGGUUUUCGGCGAUGGACGCUGUUUUGCCUCCUCCAAAGAUAGCCGACCAGUCAAAGGUGCCGUCGUGGGAAUUGAUUGGGGAACGACUGACUCCUGCGUGCCCAUAAUGGAGGACAAACAGCCCAAAGUGUUGGAGAACGCUGAAGGAUCCAGAACGACACCUUCCGUGGUGGCGUUUACACCAUCCGGCGAAAAACGUAUCGGUAUGCCGGCCAAGCGGCAAGCGGUGACGAAUUCAGCAAAUACUUUCUACGCCACUAAGCGUUUAAUUGGAAACGAAAUGAAAAUGAAGGAAACAGCUGAGAGCUAUCUUGGGACUUCGGUUAAAAAUGCCGUCAUCACCGUUCCUGCAUAUUUCAACGACUCCCAGCGCCAAGCUACAAAGAAUGCCGGUCAGAUCGCCGGUUUGAAUGUGUUGCGAGUUAUUAACGAACCGACCGCAGCUGCGUUGGCUUUCGGAAUGGACAAAGUCAAAGAUCAGAUCAUUGCCGUUUAUGAUCUGGGAGGCGGAACAUUCGACAUUUCAAUCCUGGAGAUUCAGAAAGUUGUUUUUGAGGUGAAAUCGACGAACGGCGAUACUUUCCUUGGCGGCGAAGAUUUUGAUACUGCCCUUUUGCAAUUCAUCGUUAAAGAAUUCAAACGUGAUCAAGGCGUUGACAUCACCAAGGACAACAUGGCCAUGCAGCGCCUAAGAGAAGCAGCCGAAAAGGCUAAAUGUGAACUGUCCUCCGCCCUGCAGACGGAUAUCAAUUUGCCGUAUUUGACAAUGGACGCCGCCGGCCCAAAGCAUCUCAACAUGAAACUCACGCGUUCGAAGUUCGAAAGUAUUGUGGAUCCUUUAAUCAAGCGCAAGCGCACAGUCGAGCCGUGUCAGAAAGCCUUAAAAGAUGCCGAAGUCAGCGUAAAUGAUAUGGGCAAAGUGAUUCUUGGUGGCAGAGGGAAGCGAGUUUUAAAGAUGGGAUGCCCUCUUCAUUGCCCGAGCUUCCGGGUGAUGCGGUCGUUUUCCACAAACGCGGCUAUUUUGUUUCGGCCGCAGUCCACUGCUUUGAAGACUGUUAUUAAUGAACAGGAGCUAGAGCUUGCUGCGGAACGGCGGGCCCAGCGUAACCUACGGGAGAAACUGCAGGCUACAAAUACGCAGUUGUUACAUGCGUCCGGUCUUCUAAAUAUCACGGGGAUAAUUAAAGAAGCCGGGAAAAUGUUGCAGCUGCUUUCUCCAGAUCUUAAACAUUUAACGAGAAAAGAUAAUGAAAGGGCGAUUAAACGCAGCUGGAAGGCAUUUGCGGAGAUCCAUAAGGAUUUGUUUCUAUCGAUUCGUCUGGAUGGCAAGCAAGUGAUUACCGAGGCGAUUCGGUUACGGAUGGGCGAAAUUAUAUCAACCAUCUCGACAAGGGCAGACCCAAAGAGUUUCAGUUAUGAUCGGUUUUGGAUAGAGCGUGCACAUUGGAGUACCGAAGAGUACAGUGUGGUGAUCUUCCUCUGUAUGUUGCUAGAUAUUCAGUUUGCUACUCUUUGCAAUGGUGAGAUUAAAUUCUCGUAUGUUAGCAUCAGUGAUAGGGGCAAAGAACUUGUAUAUACUAAAUGGAUUUAGUGGUUUGCAAAUUUGUUCGUAGUGUGGUUCAGUAAUCAGAUAAAGUCAGUUUCAUUUUUGAAUGGUGGUGGAAACAAACUUAAGUACGUGAACAAAAAUUGAAUUCGCCUCGUUCAGUGUGACGGGCCGUCGUGUGCAAUGAGCGUGGUACACAAGUUGCUUACAGACCGCUGACAACUUAUGUGUAUCGGUUUGGUUUCCAGUUUCCACUUGUAUAAACAAUCAAAUUCACAUCGCCCGUUUGCCUCCUUUCUCCGUUUUUAGUUGGCCAUUACAGCGAUUCCGCCGCUUUACACCGCUCUAUGCCACAAGACCGACGAUACCGCAGUUACCAUUUAGUUUUUGAACCAUUUUUGGUAAAGAUAAAUGUAUUCGCGAAGAAACCGAGGCAGAGGUCGGGGUGGUCGUGGCUAUUCCGGUGGUCCCGGUUGGCGGAAUGCGCAGUCUGACAGCGACAACGAUGGCGCAUCCAGCAUACAUCAACAACUUUCCAACUUUCAGAGAAUAUGCACUAGUACGAACAGUAUCCAACUGCAAGAUGUAGGGUUUUACGGAGAUCCAGAGGGGAAUUGGUUAUCUGAUCUGACAGGCAGAAGCAAAUUGUGCGUAAUGACGGUCCACUGCGACGCUGACGCUCCAACGCGAGUGCGCUUCAGUCUGGCUGCUGAAUUCAGUAAUGUCAGAAAGAGACGAUACAUGUCAUUAUCAACCGAGGGCUGUGCAUCCUUUAUCAGUGGCUGGAGGCCAGGAACAUGCCGAUGAAACGAUGAUGAUCGAAUUAGACGCUUGAGGUAAAACGCGGCCUCGUCUGAAGUUCUGAACCGUAGUUGUGCAUACAGUAUGUAUUAACGGCACGAUACUAAAAUUCUGGCCAGCAAAUCGCUGUUAAUCGGAGCUGAUCAAAAUCCCAUACGGUCAAGAUGCCAGUAAUGCUACUGGUUACAUUUUGGAGCGGCUAACAUUGGGGGGAAAGACAUUUUGGGUAAAAUUCAGCGUCUGGGUAUAGAGAUCACAGCCUCAUAGUCUGCGAAUCACGAAUUACGGUACUGGAAGAUAAUCUCGGAGCGUACCGGUAUGCGGAAAUUUUAACUUUACAGUAUAUCAAUGUGGGCUUACCCGUAAGGAUUGUAAUAUCAUUUGUCGCCUUUACUGUAUGCUGUGCAUCUGUAACAUAACAUUAACAUUUCUUAACAUUUCUCCUUCGUUCACUAAUCUAUUAAAGUGGGGCAAGACCGUAUCUGCUGCAUGUGAUUUGUGUGGAGCGACUAAAGGCACUCUUUGUCAUAUUCUUAA